CUGUCAAUCAGUAACAAUCAGUGUCAAAAUCACGCCGGAGAAGAAUAGGUUAUAAAAUCAUAUGUUUUGAUAUAUUUAUAUUAAAAUGUCUAAGAAACUUAAAAGUUUAAAAUGGGAAUCUGUCCCGAUGGAGGGUGUUUCCGUUUCAAUGUCGGAUAAGCUUCAAGGUUUUGUUGGACUUGAAGAAUGCACAGAAUACGGCUUCGACAGAGAUGGAAAGAAAUCGAAAAAAAAAAAAAGCGUACAAAAACAAAAAAUGACGAACAAAUCCACAGUUUUACAAGAAAAGUCAUUAACACCUAAUAAAAAAGUGAAACUCGAUAAUGGUUUUACUGUAGAAAUAUGCGAUAUUGUAAAACCAUCACUUACAAAUGAUGUAUUAAUAGAAAAUAAGUCUAUUAAAAUUAAAAAAGGAAAUCAGCCAGUAAGGAAAGAUGUAAUACAGAUAACAAAAUCAAAGAAACGUAAGCUCGGUGAUAUAACAGAAACAAAUGAAAAAUUAACUCCAGAAGAUAUGUUGUCGUGGGCUGAAUUCAAAUUACCAGAAGAAAUCGUGAAUGCUUUAGCCGAAUUGGGGUUUAAAACGCCAACAAAGAUACAACAAUUAUCAUUACCAGCUGCAAUUCAUGGUCGAAGAGAUAUUCUCGGAGCAGCGGAGACCGGUAGUGGUAAAACACUUGCUUUCGGUCUACCCAUUCUCUCCGGCAUUAUGAAAUUAAAAGAAAAAGCUGAAUCCGGUUUGAAUGUGUAUGAAAUACCAUAUAAAAAGACAUCAGUAAAACGGAAAGAUACAAAGGAAAGAAGUAAUGGGAGAAUUAAAAAGAAAGCAAAAAGUUUAGAAGAGACAUCAGGAUAUUCGAGUGGAGAGAGUGAAGUUGGAAAGGAGAAUGUGAGUGAAGAAUUUAUAGAAGAAAUAGAAGUACCAAUAAAGAAGAGAGAAGUAUCACUUGAAGAUGGUGAUAGUGAUGAAGAUUAUGUACAUUUAUCGGAAAUGUUAGAUUCUGAUGAUUUAGCGGAAACAAGUGAUGAUGAGGCAGACAGAAUCAUGGUUAAAGAAAACGAUGGUGAAGAAACAGAUGGGAUUGAUGAAGUGGAUGAAAAUGGUAUAGGGUGCGUGAAAGUGAUAGACAAUAUAGAUAUGCCGGGUCACAUUGACGUAAGGACGGGGAAGCCAUUGUAUGCAUUAAUAUUGACACCUACAAGAGAACUGGCUAUACAAAUCAGUCGACAUUUAAUAGCUGCAGCUAAAUAUACAGGUAUAAAAGUGGCCACCAUAGUGGGUGGUAUGGCGUCAGUGAAACAGGAGCGUGUACUCCGUUCAGGGCCGGAGGUGGUGGUAGCCACUCCUGGAAGACUAUGGGAGCUUAUAACCCAAGGGCAGCCUCAUUUACAGCAAUUAUCCUCAGUUAAGUUUCUAGCGAUCGAUGAAACGGAUCGUAUGAUAGAGCGCGGUCAUUUCGAAGAGUUACAGCCGCUUCUAGAACGACUGAACGAUGACGAAGCGCAGCGCAGCACGAGACAGAACUUUGUCUUCUCCGCCACUCUCACUUUAGUUCAUGAUCUACCUCUACAUAUGAAAGGAAAGAAGGUUACAAAGCGCGGGAAAAUAAUAAACAGAAAAAUAGAGAAAAUGACGCCACAACAGAAAAUUAAAAGAUUGGUGACAAUGAUUGGUAUGACUGAUCCUAAAGUUGUUGAUAUUACUACUGAAAACUUAGGUGCGGCAGAAACAUUAACGGAAUGUCGUAUAGCGUGCGCGUUAGAGAACAAAGACGCAUAUCUUUACUACAUAUUGAAGAGACAUCCUGGAAGAACUAUUGUGUUCUGUAAUUCCAUAGGAAGUGUUAGACGAUUGGCUCAGCUGUUCACAUUACUGAAGUGUUCCCCGCUCCCGCUACACGCCAGUAUGCCUCAGAGACAGCGAUUGAAGAAUCUAGAAAGGUUCCGCGACGACCCUCACGGCGUGCUGGUGGCCACGGACGUGGCUGCGCGUGGUCUUGAUAUACCAGAUGUGGACCACGUGGUCCAUUACCAGGUGCCCAAGACCGCAGAAAAUUACGUGCACAGAAGUGGCAGAACUGCGCGCGCCAACAAGGAAGGUCUCACUAUACUUAUGAUGGACUCCUCUGAAGCCUAUACGUAUGCUAAGCUUCGCCGGACUCUUAACAAAACAACGGAAUUACCAACGUUCCCUGUGGAGGAGCGCAAUAUGUCGAAUAUACGGGAGUUGGUGCGCGCGGGCCGCGAGCUAGACGCGCUGCUGCUGCGGCGCCGCCGCGGGGCGCAGGCCGAGGGCUGGCUGGAGAAAGCCGCCAGGGAAAUGGACAUCAUCAUCGAUGAUGUACCGAGGAAGGAAAUAGAUCCAUCCAUAGACAAAACUUUGAACAUAAAGAAGAAACAGCUGGAGUCUUUAUUGUCAAGGCCAAUAUUUCCUAAAGGAUUCUCCUUCAAAUUCCCAACACUUAAUACAAUGGAACCAGAAAAGACGAAUGAAAAUGCUUUGCAGGUU